AUGUCAGAGACUCUCCAGUACUGGGCAUCCAUGUUUAACAGCCUGUCUGUCAUUUCCAAUCAGGAAACCCCCAAUCAUCGAGACCAUUUAUCUAUUCCUGAAUGCUUCAACAUUCUCACUACUGUGGGGAAUUAUUCUAAUGCUUGGAUGAGCAUGCCAAGCCUUCAGCUGGAGUUCAGGUAUGAUCUGGGUUGCAUGAUUGCAUUUUCUGGAAGGAUUGUGAGACAUGGGGUUCAUGCAGUGGAAGGGGAUUGGAUUGCUUGGGCAUGGUAUAUGAGGGAUUCUGUUCAUGUUUAUGCCAGGGUUCCAUCAUGUGGAUGGGCUAGGGUGGAUUACAAACAGUGA